AUGGAGUCUCCUAAACCUCCUGUGAAGGAAUCUCUUGAGUCUACGCAGUACCUGCAACUUGAAGAACUCAAUGAUGCUCUAGAGCGAGCCCUGGUCCUGCAAACUCAGCAGAACUACAUGGAUCUUAAGAAGAAGUUCAUUGAACUCUCCCAGCAGUCUCAACACGCUCAAACAGAAUUGCAGACGUUGCUCAACGAACGAGGACAACAUGUAGAACUUCUUUAUCAAAUGGGUGAGGCGUUGAAGGCUGAAAACCAGCAGCUACGAGAGCAGCAACAAGAACUGAAAGCUACCUGUGGAAGAAGUCACGAGAAAAUCGAAAUUCAAGGAAGAAGAGCUGAGAAGGGAAUUCAGCGAUCAAAUCGGACUCCUCAUAGAGAACACUGCAAAGAACUGUUGUCCGAAAUCAGAAGGAUCCAAGUUUCCACGGACGAGGAAGUUCAGUCAUUGAAAGCGGAACUCCGUGAGGAACGGCAGAGACGAAUCGAGCUGGAAACUGUUGCACAGAAGAACAGGGUCAAUCUCGAGGUCAGCAGAAAGAUAGCUGUUUCGAAACAGAACGAACUGCUGGCUGUUCGA